CGUAACCCGGUUCGCGGUGCCUCGGCUCGGCUCGCCCUAGUGUCAACGAUGUGGAACAUGUAACGGCGUCGCCGGAGCACGGGUGGAGAACCAUACUAGACGUAUAUUAAAGGCGCGGCCCUGCUGCAAGGGACACGAGCUAGGGCUUCUAGAACUCAGGACGAAGGUGUCGUCGGGAUUGACCUUGUCAACAAAAGCCAUCACGGAGACCCAAGAUGACAGACACAUCUGACACAACGCCAAUACCUGGACCGCCGGGCUACCCCCUGGUGGGAAAUGCGCUGGAGGUGGACCUGGAGACGCCGCUGCGGACGUGGCAAGGCUGGGCCGACGAGUAUGGAGAGAUCUUUCGCGUGAACCUUCCUGCGGGCGAAUUUGUCGUAGUUAGCUCGCAGAGGCUGGUGCACGAGAUCUGCGACGAGAAGCGAUUCCGGAAGCCGGUGAAGGGCGCGCUGAACCAGGUCCGGAAUGGAGUCCACGACGGGCUGUUCACGGCACGCGAGGACGAGCCGAACUGGGGCAUCGCGCACCGGAUCCUGAUGCCGGCGUUUGGCCCGGCGUCGAUCCAGGGCAUGUUCGACGAGAUGCACGAGAUCGCGUCGCAGCUGGCGCUCAAGUGGGCGCGGCACGGGCCGGACGCGGCCAUCAUGGUCACGGACGACUUCACGCGGCUGACGCUGGACACGCUGGCGCUGUGCACGAUGGACUUCCGCUUCAACUCGUACUACCACGACGAGCUGCACCCGUUCAUCGCGGCCAUGGGCAGCUUCCUGACCGAGUCGGGCUCGCGGUCGCUGCGGCCGAGCCUCGCCGCGCUCCUUUACCGCCAGGCCGACCGCAAGUACUGGGAGGACAUCGAGCUGAUGCGCCAGACGGCCCAGGGCGUGCUCGACGCGCGCCGGAAGCACCCGUCCCGCCGCAAGGACCUGCUGUCGGCCAUGCUGGACGGCGCGGACCCCAAGACGGGCCAGAAACUGAGCGAUGGCUCCAUCAUCGACAACCUGAUCACCUUCCUCAUCGCCGGCCACGAGACCACGUCGGGCCUGCUGAGCUUCGCCUUCUACCAGCUGCUGAAGCACCCGGACGCCUACCGCAGAGCGCAGGACGAGGUGGACAGCGUGGUCGGGCAGGGCCCCAUCCGGCCGCAGCACCUCAAGAAGCUGCCGUACAUCGAAGCCGUCCUCCGCGAGACACUGCGGCUGUGUCCCACGAUCCCGCUCAUCGGGAAGCAGGCCCGGGAGGACGAGGUCAUCGGAGGCAAAUACAUGAUCCCCAAGGACCAGACCUGCCUGCUGCUCUUCGCCCAGUCGCACCUGGACCCGGUCGUGUACGGCGAGACAGCCCGGGCGUUCGUGCCGGAGCGCAUGCUGGACGAGAACUUCGAGCGGCUGAUGAGGGAGUACCCGGACUGCUGGAAGCCGUUUGGCAGCGGCAUGCGGGCGUGCAUCGGGCGCCCCUUCGCGUGGCAGGAGGCGGUGCUCGUCAUGGCCAUGCUGCUGCAGAACUUUGACUUUGCCAUGCACGACCCGGGCUACGAGCUGCAGAUCAAGCAGACGCUCACGACCAAGCCCAAGGACUUCUACAUGCGGGCCUCGCUCCGGCACGGCCAGACGGCCACGGAGCUGGAGCAUCGCCUGAACGGGGGCUUCGCCUCGACGCUGCAGCCGCUGACGCUACAUUCCAAGCCGUCAUCGCGCCAGCCGUCUCCCGGGACGGCAAAGGCGCGAGCGCGAGCCGACCUGAAGCCGCUGAGCGUUUUCUACGGGUCCAACACGGGCACGUGCGAGAGCCUGGCCCACCGGCUGGCCACCGACGCCGCGUCGCACGGCUUCGCCGCCACCGUGAUCGAGCCGAUGGACGCGGCCACCGAGAAGCUGCCCACGGACCGGCCCGUGGUCGUCAUCACGGCGUCGUACGAGGGCCAGCCGCCCGACAACGCCGUGUCAUUCUGGGACUGGCUGCAGCGGUGCAAGGCCGAGGAGCUGCAGAACGUCUCGUACGCCGUCUUCGGCUGCGGACACCACGACUGGAGCCACACCUUCCACCGGAUCCCGAAGCUCGUCGACGAGGCGAUGGAAGCGCGGGGAGGCACGCGCCUUUGCGCGACGGGCCUGACGGACGUGGCCGAGGGCGACAUGUUUACCGAUUUCGAGCAGUGGGAGGACGACGUGUUCUGGCCAGCCAUCGGAGCCAAGUACGGAUCGGCGGCCGGUGCUGCUGCCGCCAACGGGGACGACCAGGGCGACCGGGACUCCAGCCUCGAGGUCCGCUUCUCCACGCCGCGCUCCUCGACUCUCCGCCAGGACGUGCGCGAGGCCACCGUCGUCGCCGAGAGGACCCUCACGUCGCCCGGCGUCCCGCCCAAGAAGCACAUCGAGGUGCAGCUGCCGGACGGCAUGAGCUACAAGGUCGGCGACUAUAUCGCCGUGCUGCCCAUCAACCCCAAGGAGAGCGUCAACCGGGUGAUGCGGCGCUUCCAGCUCUCGUGGGACUCGCACGUCACCAUCGGCUCCGACCGCUGGACCGCGCUGCCCACGGGGACCCCGGUUCCCGUGUACGACGUGCUCGGGUGCUACGUCGAGCUGUCACAGCCGGCCACAAAGAGGGGAAUCCUCCGACUGGCCGACGCCGCCCACGACGAGGCCACCAAGCAGCAGCUCCAAGCCCUCGCCGGCGACGCGUACGCAGCCGAGAUCAGCCUCAAACGCACCUCCCUGCUCGACCUACUCGAGCGUUUCCCCACCGUGUCGCUCUCCUUCGGCACCUUCCUCUCGCUGCUGCCCUCGAUGCGCCCGCGGCAGUACUCCAUCUCGUCCUCCCCCAAUUUCCCGUCCCACGGCCCCAGCCGCGCGACCCUGACCUACAGCCUGCUCGACUCCGCCUCGCUGGCCAACCCGUCCCUCCGCCACGUCGGCGUCGCCACGUCCUACCUCGCCUCGCUCCAGCCGGGCGACAAGUUGCACCUCUCCGUGCGCGCCACCCACACCGGCUUCCGCCUGCCCGGCAAGAGCGAGGCCCAUGUCCCAAUCAUCAUGGUCGCCGCCGGCGCCGGGCUGGCCCCUUUCCGCGGCUUUGUGCAGGAACGCGCCACCAUGGCCGAGAAUAAUGAUACUGAUGAUAGUACCAAAGGCGAUGGCGAAAACUUGAACAGCAAGCUCGCUCCGGCACUGCUCUUCUUCGGCUGCCGCGGCCCGCAGCUGGAUGACCUCUACCGCGAGGAAUUCGACGCCUGGCAGCGCGACGGCCUGGUCGACGUGCGCCGCGCCUAUAGCCGUCGUCGUGCUGCGGAAAAGGACUCGGACAACAACAACAACAACAACAACAACAACAACAACAACAAUGUGGAGGACGAGGCCAAGGGCUGCAAGCACGUGCAGGACCGGCUGUGGCUCGACAGGGACGACGUCAAGCGGCUGUGGGACGCCGGCGCCCGCUUGUAUGUGUGCGGCUCGCGGGCCGUGGGCGACGGGGUGAAGAAGGUCGUCGGGAGGAUCCUACUCGGGGAGGCCGCGACCAAUGCCGAGGUUGCGCAGUGGUUUGACCACGUGAGAAACGAGCGCUAUGCGUCCGACGUGUUUGACUGAUGGAGCGCGGGUUUCGGCGAGGAUGAUGGAUAGGUGAUGGUUUAGCGAUGCCCUCCUCUUUGCAUCGGCAAUCCUUACAAAGUAAGUAAGGUACCUUAGAAUAUAGAGUUGCAGAGUUUAAUAAACCUGGAAGUCUUGUCAAAGCCAGACUCCAUUCUGCCCUUU